AUGGCCACCCUCGAUCUAGAGGGCUGCACCGCCGCUGGUAUCCAGGAUAUUUAUGGCGACAUUUCUUCCGACCUGGACUACCUCAUCUACGUCAACGACAUCCUGGUUGACUGGAUCUUACCGUGCUUGAGAGGUGACCUUGCCUCUCGGUUUCAGCGCGAAAAAUCACGCCAACGCAUCGUCUUGGGCGCCUGGUUCAAACAGAUGGGCGCCCUCUUCCUCCAGACCACUCGUCACGACAUUACCCAAGCCUCUCAGGCUCUUCGCGACCAACGCAUCCGCACGGCCGACGACUUUCCUGUCUACCGCUCCUCCAUCACUGCUGCCGUCGAUACCCUUCGCAUUGAGGGCGCCUACUCGGCAACCCUUGUCAUCGCCCAGCUGGUUGAUGGCCUGCCUUCAAAACUCAAGGACGUGAUUACAAACCUGUAUCAACCGUCUUGGGAUUUGGGCAAGUUCUUUGAGGUGGUACAGUUGCAUCCGAGGUGUCUUCAACUUGCUGCAGCAUGGAGCGCAAAACCUCGCGCGGCAGAUGGCCAAGAAGACGAUGCAUCUGCGAAGCAGACACAACAUGGGCAUGCUGCUGUUGCUGGUGGCGGCGGUGCUGGCGGUGCAGGUGUUGAACAUGCACUGCGUUGGAUUCGGGGUCGACAAAGCCAUGCCAAAGGCCCAGUGCACAACGUUCUCUACUUUGAUCCGUAUGGCGUUGGUGUGAGACAUUUUCCAAUCGCAUCGCUUCUCCGGAAACUUGCUGUUGGCCGUCCACGGCUGUAUGGUCUUCACAGAGGGACGUGCCUGCUCUGGAACUUGUGA